AUGAGACAAGGAAUCCGACUCAAGCAUCUGCUGAUACUCUUGACGACCGUAUUACUGCUGCUUGUAAACUGUUCAAUUGUACAUGGAAAAACUAUCAAGCAGAAGAAAACGAGUCAGCAGCAGAAGACGGCAUUGAUUCCAUUGAAAGGCAGUGAGAAAGUAGCAGAAUUACAAAGUCGUGUACAUGACGGUCUUGUCUCGUUUUCAAACCAACUGUUUGAACCUUUUGUUGUACGACCAGAACGUCCGUAUCAUUUACUACUUUUAUUCACAACAAGUGAAUCAAACUGUGCCGCUUGUAAGCAAGUAGCAAUUGAAUUUGAGCUCUUGGGUCAAAGUUAUCAAGGUGCGAAACAAACAGUAAAAGCAGCACGAGACAACAACAAUCAUGAUGAUACAAAUGAUGAUGUGGAGAUCUUUUUUGGUCUUGUGAAGUUUGAAACGAAUCAACAGGCGUUUGGUAUGUUUGAAAUGACGUCUGCACCUCACAUUAUGUACAUUGGACCGGAUCGAUCUAUUGAUAGUGGAAACAAGAUAUCAAAGAAACAGAUAAUGGAACUAGCAAAGGUGUAUGAUAUAUUUACAAAUGGAAUGGAAGCUGAGAACAUUGCCAUGUUUGUGAAACAUCAGACAGGAUUUGAGAUUACCAUUCAACGGUCCAAGAUUCAUCUCUAUGUGGUGGCAGUACUGGUGCUUGUAGCAACAGUCUUGAUGGCGAAAUUAGUACUAGCUCAUUUUGACGUUGUCUUGACCAAGCUACGACGCAAACAGCUCUGGAUGACAGUCUCGCUACUGUUUUAUGGUCUUUCCGUAUCGGGUAUGGUCUUUUGUAUCAUUCGCAAUCCGCCGCUGUUUUAUGUCGAUCGCAAAGGCAAUGCUCUCUACUUUCAUCCGCAAGGAAGAGAGCAGUUUGUCUAUGAAGGGCUCAUCAUUGGUGCCUUUGACGUUGGUGCAGCUUUGUUCGUGAUUUUAUUGUCACAAUGGGCAGUGUAUGUACGUCAUCCGGCCGUCCGUUAUCUGGCCAUCGUUGGCUGCGUACUGGGCUUUGUAGUCAUGUACCGCCUGAUGACGUAUGCCUACAAAAUGAAGAAUCCAUGGUACACUGGCUGGAUGGGGAUUUAG